AUGCUGGAGACUACCCCAUUUUUCAUAGUGNUCUCAGAUUACUUACCAUGGUUAAGUGGAUUUGAUUUGGAUGGUCACAAGGCAAUUAUUAAGAAAGCCUUUGCCAUAGCAACAAAACACAUUGAUUAUGAAACUGACCGAAGGAUUCAUAUUUGGAAGAAUGGCAACAAAACUUUGGAAGAAGAUAUCCUUGAUGUUCUUAUCAUGCUCAAAGAUACUAAUGGGAAUCCUAUGUUGAAUGCUAAAGAGAUUAAAGCACAAGAAUUCAUGCUUGCUACUUUAGAUAACCCCUCAUAUGCAGUCGAAUGGACAAUCAAAGAAAUGUUGAACCAACCAAAGAUAAUGCAAAGGGCCAUAGAAGAGAUUGACAAUGUCAUUGGGAGCAAUAGAUUGGUUCAAGAAUCUGAUCUGCCACAACUAAAUUAUGUCAAAGCUUGUAUUAAAGAGUCCUUUCGACUGCAUCCCUUGGCGGCUUUUAAUGCUCCUCAUGUGUCUGUAUCGGAUUCUGUUGUUGGCGAAUACUUCAUCCCUAAAGGGAGUGUAGUGUUAUUAAGUCUGCUUGGACUUGGCCGAAACCCUAAAAUUUGGGAUGAUCCCAUGAAGUUCAAGCCAGAGCGCCAUAUCAAUGAGAAAGGUGGUGAUGUAGUUUUCACGGAUUCACAGUUAUGUUUGUUAUCAUUUAGUAUUGGACGACGAGGUUGUCCAGGUGUAAAACUUGGCUCAGCAAUUACCACUAUGUUACUUGCUAGGCUUCUUCAAGGGUUUACUUGGAGUUUACCACCGAACUAUCUAGGCAAUGACUUGACUGAUGAUUACCCGGAAUCUGCUCUCCUUUGUACCAUGCCAUUUUUUGCAAAGGCAAAACCGCGAUUGCCUAAAGACAUGUACCCUUAA